AUGUCUGAGACCUUUGAGUUCCAGGCUGAGAUCUCUCAGCUCCUCUCCCUCAUCAUCAACACCGUCUACUCCAACAAGGAGAUCUUCCUGCGAGAAAUCAUCUCCAACUCCUCCGAUGCCCUUGACAAGAUCCGCUAUGAGUCUCUGUCCGACCCCUCCAAGCUCGACACGGGCAAGGACCUCCGCAUCGACAUUAUUCCCGACAAGGAAAACCAGACUCUCACCAUCCGUGAUACCGGUAUCGGUAUGACCAAGGCUGACCUCAUUAACAACUUGGGUACCAUUGCCCGCUCCGGCACCAAGCAGUUCAUGGAGGCUCUCUCCGCUGGUGCUGAUAUUUCCAUGAUUGGCCAGUUCGGUGUCGGUUUCUACUCUGCCUACCUCGUUGCUGACCGCGUCACCGUUAUCUCGAAGCACAAUGAUGACGAGCAGUACAUCUGGGAGUCCGCCGCCGGCGGUACCUUUACUCUCACCCAAGACACCGAGGGUGAGCCGCUUGGCCGUGGUACCAAGAUGAUCUUCCACCUCAAGGAUGAGCAGACCGAAUACCUUCAGGAGAGCCGCAUCAAGGAGGUUGUCCGCAAGCACUCCGAGUUCAUCUCCUACCCCAUCUACCUCCACGUCGUAAAGGAGGUUGAGAAGGAGGUUCCCGAUGAGGAGGCUGAGAGCAAGGAGGAGGAGGAAGGCGAUGAGAAGAAGCCCAAGAUUGAGGAGGUUGACGAUGAGGAGGAAGAAAAGAAGAAGAAGACCAAGACGAUCAAGGAGACCAAGAUUGAAGAGGAAGAGCUCAACAAGACCAAGCCCAUCUGGACACGCAACCCCGCCGACAUCACCGAAGAGGAGUAUGCCGCUUUCUACAAGUCCCUCUCUAACGACUGGGAAGACCAUCUUGCUGUCAAGCACUUCUCCGUCGAGGGCCAGCUCGAAUUCCGUGCCAUCCUCUAUGUGCCCAAGCGUGCUCCCUUUGACCUUUUCGAGACCAAAAAGACCAAGAACAACAUCAAGCUCUACGUUCGCCGGGUCUUCAUCACUGAUGAUGCCACCGACCUCAUUCCCGAGUGGCUCAGCUUCAUCAAGGGUGUUGUCGACUCUGAGGACCUUCCUCUCAACCUGUCUCGUGAGACUCUCCAGCAGAACAAGAUCAUGAAGGUCAUCAAGAAGAAUAUCGUCAAGAAGACCCUUGAGCUCUUCACUGAGAUUGCCGAGGACCGUGAGCAGUUUGACAAGUUCUACAGCGCUUUCAGCAAGAACAUCAAGCUUGGUAUCCACGAGGAUGCCCAGAACCGCAACACCCUCGCCAAGCUCCUCCGCUACCAGUCCACCAAGUCUGGUGACGAGACCACUUCCCUUAGCGACUACGUCACCCGCAUGAAGGAGCACCAGAAGCAAAUCUACUACAUCACCGGCGAGUCCAUCAAGGCCGUCGCCAAGUCUCCCUUCCUUGACAGUCUCAAGCAAAAGGACUUUGAGGUUCUCUUCCUUGUUGACCCCAUUGACGAGUACGCUUUCACUCAGCUCAAGGAGUUUGACGGCAAGAAGCUCGUCGAUAUCACCAAGGACUUUGAGCUCGAGGAGACCGAGGAGGAAAAGGCUGAGCGCGAAAAGGAGGAGAAGGAGUACGAGGGCCUUGCCAAGAGCCUCAAGAACAUUCUCGGCGACAAGGUUGAAAAGGUUGUUGUCUCCCACAAGCUCAUCGGCUCUCCUUGCGCCAUCCGUACCGGCCAGUUCGGUUGGUCCGCCAACAUGGAGCGUAUCAUGAAGGCCCAGGCCCUCCGUGACACCUCCAUGAGCUCUUACAUGUCCUCCAAGAAGACCUUUGAGAUCUCUCCCAAGUCUCCCAUCAUCCAGGAGCUCAAGAAGAAGGUUGAGGCUGAUGGCGAGAGCGACCGCACCGUCAAGUCCAUCACCCAGCUCCUCUACGAGACCUCUCUGCUCGUCUCCGGCUUCACCAUUGAUGAGCCCGCCAGCUUCGCUGAGCGCAUCCACAAGCUCGUCUCUCUCGGUUUGAACAUCGACGAGGAGGCCGAGGUUGCCGAGGCCUCCACCGAGGAGACUCCCGCCGCCGCUACAGCCGGUGAGAGCGCCAUGGAGGAGGUUGACUAG